AGAGUAGUUUCAGUUCGUCUCACCCCGCCCCACCAUAUCUCGACAGAGUGAGAAGACACUUUUGACCAUGGGGAAUACAUACGAAAUUUCUGACUCUGACAGCGACGGGCAAGGAGAUGAGGAACGUCAAAUCGCCGAAGCUAUCCGGCUCUCAUUGCUUGAAUCCUCAGGCCCUCCCGCGCAGGGGGGGUCGUCGGGCUCCGUGAGUCCUCGGCGAAGGGCCAAAAAGCGCAAGGUGGACGUUAUUGAAAUCAUAUCUGAUGACGACGAGGGAGAUGACGGUAUCCUGGACGGCAUCAAUGCUACAAGAAAGGCGCCAAAGGCGAGUAACAAUUCCUCUGCGAGAGCUCGUGCGGUUGGCAUCCCUGGUGUGACCGGCCCAGCGAUGGUAUCAAAGCCGGCUGACGGACUCCUGCGAAUGAUCGGAAAUAGAGCACAGAUGGAGAGAGAACGUUUGGCAAGACUGGCUGAAUUGAAGAGAUCACCUCCGGAGUUCGGGUUGCCUUUAAACAGUGCCGCUCCCGAGACCCUGAAACCUGCCAGGGCUGGACUGAGCCAUUUUUCUGGCGGGGGCUCUACUCAGAGGAAGGCUUCCUCGUUCGAGCCGUCCAAGUUUUCUGCGGACAACGAGAAGCGGAUACACGCUCAUGGUAGCCGUCAGUCUUGGAAUGAUGGGGAUUCAACUGGUGCUACUCCAAUCCUUCGAUAUCCAAAUGGCGCUAUCAAAAAGACGUGGGCUGAUGGAUAUCCUAAAACGGAUACCGAGAUCACGUUUGAGGAGGUUCUUCAAAAGGUUUGUUGGCUCCCCGAACGCGGGGGAACGUCGCUAAAUAGUGGCUAGGACUCUCUUUGUGUGGCUGUUCUCUCGGCUUUUCAGUGGGAUACCGAUUGGGUCCUCAAGAAGCUCCCCUUAGACACAAUCCAAAGGCUUGUGAUGGUUAUGCAUGCCAAGGAGGAACAGGACCGGAGCUACAAAGCUCAGCAACUUGGUGAUUUGCCAAGGACAACGCUAGUCCUCCCACCAAUGCAAGGACAGGUAAGUUGUAUGCAUAGCAAACUCAUGCUAUUGUUCCAUAUGAGUGGCUGCCAAAGAUGGUUAAGAGUUGCUAUUCCGAGUGCAAAUCUUACGGACUACGACUGGGGGGAGCUGGGCGGUGUCAUGGAAAAUGUAUUCCCAAUUCGUACCCAGAGUUGUCCCGACAUUGCUUAUUUACUCCCGGGAUAGACAGUUUUUCUUAUAGACCUCCCCCGGCUCCCAAAACCGGACCAUGACCAAACCCAUUUUGCAAAAGAGCUACACCAUUUCUGUACCGCCAAAGGGUUGCCCGAAGAUGUUUUAAACGGUCUCUAUCAAUAUGAUUUCAGUAAGACGAAAGACAUGGCCUUUGUUCAUUCGAUAGGCGGAAGCAAUACAGGCAAGGACUGGCACCGUACUGGGUAUUCUGGGUUAGGCACUGCUGUGAAGGCACUAGGACUCUCGUCCGGUCCCGGUUUGGAAUUUGAUUUUGUGGUAAGAAUGCGGGAUUACCGUGCGGUGAAUUGGGCUCAUGGGGUUAGACUUCCUCUCUAGGUGCUGCGAAUAUGGGGUUUAUAUCCAACAUGUAUCGGGCGGCGAUGGGCGAUAAUGGUCUGAAAGAGUUGCAGCGUUGCUCAAAUAAGCCCACCAAGGGUGCUAAGAAGAAGAAGAAGAAGAAGAAGAGCGUACUGGUUGUGGAUGAUGAAAUCACGGACGAUGAUUCGGGAACUGAGUUUGACGAAGAGACCAACCUGGAACGGAUCAUGAAUCACGUCCGUAUUUAUUUUCCGUCCUACGAGACUGUUCGCCUUAGCAAGAAAGGGUUUAGCUCUGGGGGAACAAUUUGCUUUAAUUCCUCUUGGUGGGAUUACCCAACAUUUCCACGGUCGCUGAUGAGAGAUUGCGUUAGUACUCGGGAUGGGUUGUUGAUGCAUAAUAAGGUAAGUAACUUUCUUCCACUGCAUGGGAAACAAAAGCUUACUGGAGUUCUCUUUGUAGGUACUGUUUGCCCGUCCCUCGAGACAACUCCAGGCUUCCUGCGGGAGGGUCGAUGCUUGGGCUUAUGUGGGUUCUGCCAACCUGAGCGAGAGUGCAUGGUAGUUUGCUCCAUACUCCUCCUUAAACUUGCGAUUGUGUUGACUUUCUCAAAAGGGGGAAGCUGGUCAUGGAUAGGACCACAAAAACACCCAAGAUGAAUUGCAAGAACUGGGAAUGCGGUGUGCUGUUUCCUGUGGCCGCAAAGGAUACUGGUCGAACUCUUAGCGGGACAUCGCCUGUGGAGUCAAAACGCAAGGUGGCUGUUGGCAUGGACGUGUUUGGAAAGACGAUUCCGGUUCCAAUGAAGGUACCUGCCGAGCCCAUGGAAGGCAAGCGCCCGUGGUUUUUCCGUGAACUACGAUGAUCGUUUCACGGGGAAAACCUUAUUCUUAAGUUUGGGAUCGAUAGCCUUGUUGGUGUAUGUUCGUUUUUACAUCGAUGUAGACUGCUAGCUCCAUAGAUUUGCUAUCCUAAUAGUCAAAUUUUUUUUCCUAGGGCAAGGGUGCC